AUGGCACCGCUGUCGUGGCGACACCACACCCUGCUGCAGGCGCUGCUCACCCGGGGCCCGCUCUUCGACCGUGACUUCCAUGCUGUCUUCACCGCCAUCUCCGGCAAGAACCCCGCUACUCAUCAGCAGCUGUUCAACGAUACACUUCUCAAGCUCAACAAGGAGUUAGCAUACCUGCAGUUUGAGUUGCGAGCAUGCAUGAACCAGUAUGAUGGAAUGGUGUACUAUAGAGUAGUGAAUAACAUUGCCAAUGAAGAAUCGAAGCUCAGAACAAAGUAUUCUGUGCCACAAGUUGCAUACUACAAGGGGCUGUUAGAAGCAGUUGUUCAGGAAGCUGGAAAUGAUGGGACCAUAACCAGUAUUGAUGCUCUCAAUGUGCGGCUUGACAACCAGGUCAUAAUUUUAGAUGGGGGUUCACAGAACAGCCAAUCUCGCCUUCCAUCUUGCAUUACGGACUUCAAACUGAGCCAGAAAGAGAAAACUAUUGAUGAACUGGCUUCAAGUUGCCCUAAUGAGGGAUGCAACAUAAGAAUUCAUGAGUACUGUUUGAAGAAGAAAUUCUCACAGCGGAAGGCUUCAAGAGCCUGCCCUGGCUGUGGCACUGAAUGGCCCCGUCAGGAGGGCGAAGUCGAUGGCGACGAUGAUGCAAACGAGCCUGGUGAAGAUGGAGCCGCAUCAGCCAACCGUUCUUCGAGGAAGAGACGCAAGGGAGUGAAAGCUGAACUGGUGCAAGAUUGUCCUUCGAGGAAGAGACGCAAGGGAGUGAAAGCUGAACUGGUGGAAGAUUGUUCUUCGAGGAAGAGACGCAAGGGAGUGAAAGCUGAACUGGUGGAAGAUAAUCACAAUGCAGGGCCAUUAACGGCGGCGGUUCCUAGGAGGGCGAGGAGCUUGAGAAGAGCGAAAGCCGAAGCAGUCGAAGCUGCUCAAGAGGCGUCUUCUGCAGGAGCUUCCAAGGCGGCCAGAGCUUCCAAAAGAAGGAAGAAGUGA